AUGAGUGGAAAAUCCCCUUCGAGAGAGAAUCUUGGGAGACAUUUCAUUUGUGGAAUGUGUGGAGGUUUCGCAACGACCAUUACACUUCAUCCCCUUGAUUGUGUGAAGACGCGUCUUCAGGUCAACCAGGGUCGCGGCAUCAAUUUCCUCAGCAAUUUCUUUAAAGUGGUGCGCGUAACCUAUCAAGAGGGAGGUGUAAGGGCGUUCUAUCAAGGACUGAGUCCUGCGGUUCUUGGCUCGGUGACUUCGUGGAGUAUUUACUUUGCGUGUUACGAAAACGCGAAGAAUCGCUACAAGCGAUUGCUGGACACCAAUCGUCUCAACGGUUUUUACAAUCUAAUCUCUUCGCUGGAAGCGGGGAUCAUCGGUAGCACGGUUACCUGUCCUUUAUGGUUCUUAAAGACGCGACUGCAGUUGCAGAAUCGGCUUUGUCUCAUGCCUGGCUACGUUCCUUAUAAGGGAAUUACAGACGCAGUGGUGCGUAUCAUUCGCGAAGAAGGAAUCAAGACAAUGUACUGCGGUCUUCUUCCUUCUCUGUUCCUCACUUCCCACGCAGCGAUUCAAUUUGUAAUUUACGAAGAGUUGAAAUACCUCGAAACCAAAUUGAAUAAAAAUAUUAAUAAUGUACAGGACUACAAAACAGGUCUUUACGGCGGAGCCAUUUCGAAGUUUUGUGCAUCCAUGAUGACGUAUCCUCUCCAAGUAUUCCGUUCUCGAAUGCAACAGUUAAAUGCAAAAUCGUCAUAUACAAAUUUUUUGGAUUGUGUCGUGAAAGUUUGGAAAACGGAAGGAUUGGCAGGGUUGUAUGGAGGCUUGCUGCCGAAUUUGAUUCGUGUGGUGCCUUCGUCGUCGAUUACGUUGAUGACGUAUGAGUUUGUGAACUCGGUGAUGAAUCGUUACCAUAUCUUGGAUUAG